UUUAUAGAUUAUUUAAUUAUACUUUACAAAUAUAAAUUAAAUGAUGAUGAGCAAUAUGCUGAUAAAACUUUUAUUUUUGUUGAGCGUCAUUUUGUUAACUUUGAGUAAGAGCGAGCAGAUUCUAUGCUCUGAAAAUAAUACGUUAUUGGAGACCAUGGGUGACGCUAUUUUAACAGUCUUUGUGGACGCCAAUUACGGACAAUAUUGCAAUAUAUCAUCACCCAAAGGUCUUCAGCAAGCCUCGACGGCAUUACACGUAGUACAAACUUUAAACAAAUAUGAUCACGUACCGAGUGUAAAAUUGGGGAUAAGAAUACUUGAUACAUGUCACAAUAGGAUUAUAGUGUUCAAACAAGUCUUGAGAAUGAUACAUGAACAAAAUUGCGCAUCAAAUUACGAAAUGGGUGUUCUAGUGCCCUUCCAAUACAGUUCCAUGGUGAAUUUUUUUCACGAUUAUGACGAUUUGCCGAUUGUCACUUAUGGAGAACGAAAUUUUACAAUACCCGCAAUCGACAUCUUGACGCAUUAUCUGAGCACCGCGUAUGAGGUCAUCGAUCUAGUUCACGCCAACGUAAAUUCAGUUUUCGAGCGUUUCCUGGAAGUCAGCAGAGAUGCUGGUGUGUGUGUAAAGCGACAUGACAAACGCAUCGAAGAUGACAGGACUGAGAACAUCGCGGAAACGGUGAUAGUCGCGAUCGGCGAGAGAGAUGACAUACAACGAUGGCUGGGAGAAGGCGAGGACUCGAAGGAUAUCAGAAGGAAAACGUGGCUCCUGCUACCGCUCGAUAAUUCGAAUAUUGAUGAUCUCAUACCACCCGGAUCGUACAUCAUCAAACCGGAAACAUUUGGCUUCGGUCUCGAUGAACUAUCAAGCGUGAACGAAUUCCUAGAGAAGGCCGGAGACUCUAUAAACCAUUCACCGUAUCUCUUAGACAUCGGCAAGGCCAUUGUUGGGUUGACAAAUGUUCUUCAAGAAGUCCAGAAAAAAGGUUGUCUCACCGAUGAUGACGAUGAUGGGAACUAUGAAAACUGCAUUAUGACACAAUUUCAUCCGCAAUCACACCGAGAAAUACGCGAUUCUGAUGUCUACGAAGCUCUACGCAUGCAAUUGAAAUCGUAUUCGGUGAAAUACGUGGUCGCCAUGAAGACGCAGCAAGAGUUCGUCGAUGUUGCUCUCUAUGAAAUCGAAGUGUCCGAGUUACGCGUAUUUCCGGCGAAAAUGACGAUCCAAAUGCCAGAGCUCUGUCUGGAGAAUCUCAUUGGGAAUUGCGAGAAUUGCAUGAAUUUUCAGAAACAAGAGAUCAUUACGAAAGACAUCAUCGGCAAAAACAUCUUAAAGAAUAGCGUCUACGUUCCUAUUUUCCUGAUCGCCGUCGUUUGCGGCACGUUUGCGUGCUGCGUCAUCGUGAUCUUCAUCGUUCGUCGUUUCACGACGGAAAAGAGGUUCGACGGCAAUCCGACCUUCACGAUCGUCCUCGUCUUGGCCAACGUGUUUACUCUGUUGACGGUGCUACCCUUCUGCAUGACGGAUGAUUAUUUCGGCAAGACGAAUCUAGACGCCCGAAAAAUCCUCCACACCACUCUCGCAUUCGGCUUCACAUUCUCGAUCAUGCUCUCGAGAGCACUCUUUCUGGCCUUGUCUACGGGCGACGUUUUCAUCAUUCACAUCAACGGAUACUUGCACAGCCUCAUGGCGUUCUUCAUGUCCGGCGUCCAAGUCGCCAUAUCUGUCAUGUAUUUCGUUCUGAACGCGAAAAACUCGGUUGUGAUCACCAGAAGCCCCAUAUUUAUUGCAUUGCUAGGAUAUGAUAUAUUUCUAUUGAUCUCGUUAUUCAUCGCUUCUUGCUUCAUCACCAAAAUACAACGCAACUAUUAUGAAGGAAAAUGCCUCUUCGGUACCUCUACUGGCCUGUUGGUAGUAUGGGCGAUAUGGCUAAUUUGUUUUAUACUGAUGCAACCAGAGAAUCGCGACACAGUUGUCUCCUUUGGCAUAAUUGGCACAACUUACUCUAUAAUCUUCGGCAUUUUAAUACCAAAAAUUUAUUACAUGAUCACACACCUAUCCAGAAGAAAAGAUCUCGGACAAAGAUUCAGUCCUGUCAAUCUACCGACAGAUUCGAUUGCUAGGCAGUCACGUUCUUCUUAUGAAUACGUUCAUCCAGUUCAAGAAAACCAAAUUUUACGAGUAUCAACAUAUUCAGAUUACGGCAAUCCAAAUCCGAGGUCACAACGUCUCGAUCGAUGCGAAAAUUCCUAUCACUGUGAAAUGUCUGGAUAUGGUAAUUAUGGAUUUCAAGCGGAAAUGAAGGAGAUCGAUGUUGCUCAUGUCGUGCCACAAAUACACGUCGAGUCUUUAAGAAAUUUCGAAGUAGCAUCAAAUGGUGCCAUCUACGAGCAGCCAAGGAUCUAUGGGUCGCAGAGGGUAGUUUUAGAAGAAGAGAACAACGUAGGAACCAUUUGUGAUAGAAAUAAUUCCUCACCUACUCUCAGAAUAUACAAUGAAAUUUAUCCCAUGAGAUACGCCAGUCCAACAAAUAUGAUAAGGGAGCAAAGGAUCGAUGAGGAGGACGAGAACGAGGACGAAGAAAACGAGGAGGAACAAAAGGAUCGGUUAGACGACGAAGCGAGGAGGGGCAUGAGCAGAAAGCUGCGCCGUGUGCGACGCAGAAUCAAUUUGGCAUGUACCUCAACGCCAAAAUUGCAUUAUGGUCGAUCGUAAUUUCGCAAGCAGGGCACAGGUGUAUGUUCCGCGGGAAUAUCGAUGACGAAAUAGCGAGAUAGUGGACACACAACAAAGGGACUCGCGAAAAUGAAGUUUGCGUUCACCGCAGUACGACGUAUGAGAGA